CACCGCCAGUCGUCUGUCCCCAUCCCACACGCGUUUCCCCCCUCUCUCUCUCCUCCCUCCUUCCAUCAUCAUCAUCGUCGUCGUCGUCACCAUCGCCCUCCCCCUCCUAACUUCUGACUUUUCUUCUCUCCUCUUUAUAUACCACCGCUCCUCCCCCCCAACCCAUCUGAAUCGAAAGUUCGAAUUCAACCCAAAACUUGCAGAGCAACCCAGCUGGGUCUCCAUCCUUUCCACCCCCACUGACGUGUUCUUUUCUUUGAUCGAUUUGGCAAAAGCGCGGAAAAUGGUGGACUUCGACUGCAAGACCAAGGUGGUCUCCUCCCCCGACGCGUCCCUCGGCUCGCCCAAGUUGCCCCCCGGCAACGGCGGCAGCGUGCAGCUCCCGUUCUUGCUCCCCGCCGCGCCGUUCCGGUGCCCCGUCGGCCCGGCCGCCGCCGCCGCCACCUCCGCCUCGGCUCAUGCCGUCGCCGCCUACGAGCAGUACCUGCGUCUGCCGGAGCUGCGGAAGCUCUGGGGGGCCCGGGAAUUCCCCGGGUGGAGGGCCGAGCCGCUGCUCCGGCCCGCCCUGCAGGCCCUCGAGAUCACCUUCCGGUUCGUCUCGACCGCGCUCUCCGACCCGAGGCCGUACGCCAACCGCCGCGAGUGGAGGCGGCGGCUCGAGUCCCUCGCCGCUGGUCAGAUCCGGCUCAUCGCGGCCAUCGUGGAGGACGAGGAGGCGGAGGAGGGCGGCGGCGCGGCUCCCCUCGUCGGCUUGAGCUCAGCCGGCGGCGCGCUGGCGCGGGGCGGCAGCUCGGCCGAGGUGUGGAGGAUCCCGGGGGCCGCCGAAGCGGCGGUGAGCCGAGCCAGUGAGGCGAGCCUCCUGCCCCGGCUCGCCACGUGGCACACCUCGGAGGACGUGGCGCAGCGGAUCCUGUACGCGAUCGAGUGCGAGAUGCGGGGGUGCCCGUUCACCCUCGGGCUCGGCGAGCCGAACCUGACCGCCAAGCCGGCGCUGCGGUACGACGACGUCUGCAAGCCGAGCGAGCUCCACGCCCUGAAGCGGAGCGGCGGCUCGAGCGAGCAGGUCGAGAGCAACCACGAGAACCAGUCGCUCCACGCGGCGCACCAGAUUCUGGAAUCGUGGAUCUGCGCCUGCGAGCUCCUGAAGCGCAUCGAGGAGAGGAUCGAGGAGGCGCGAUUCCAGCAAGCCGCGAGCGGCUGCUACCUGCUGGAGAGGAUCUGGAAGCUUCUCGCGGAGAUCGAGGACCUCCACCUGCUGAUGGACCCGGAGGACUUCUUGAGGUUGAAGAAGGACCUCGCGAUCAAGGCCGAGGCGGCGUCCUUCUGCUUCCGGUCCAAGGCCCUCGUCCAGGUCACCGGCAAGUGCAAGGACCUGAAGCACAAGGUGCCGCGCGUCCUCGGCGUGGAGGCGGACCCCAACGGCGGGCCGCGGCUGCAGGAGGCGGCGAUGCGGCUGUACCGCGAGAAGAAGGGGGAGGCCGCCGCCGCCGAGCGAAUCCACCUCCUGCAGGCGAUGCAGGCGGUGGAGGCGGCGGUGAAGCGGUUCUUCUUCGCGUACAAGCAGGUGUUGGCGGCGGUGAUGGGGAGCCUGGAGGCGAGGGGGCCCAGGACGGCGGCGGCGGCGGCGGCGGCUGGGGCGGGUGCGGAGGCAGGCGACUCGCUGAGCCAGGUGUUCCUGGAGGGCACCUACUUCCCGAGCUUGGACGCGGCGAAGACGUUCCUGGGGCGGAUGCUGAGCAGCGGCGAGAACGCGAAACGCGGCGGCCGGAGCUCGGACCGGCGCGACUCCGGGAGGGCCCGUAGUAGUUAGGGAAAAAGAAGCAUGGCAAUUUGGAACGUGACAUUUGAUUCUUCGGACUUAAUUUUUAGUGAUUAGUUUUUUUCUUUUUUCCUUUGAUCUUAUGUAAAUUUUCACGACAUGAUUGGUACAGGGAUUUUGAAGGUUCAAUUCUUGUUUUGUCAUUAAUUAUAAAUCAAGUGAACAGCCUUUCGAAA